GCACCGCUAAUUUCGCGGCCAGUGGGGCGCCUCCCUGGCUCGGCCCGAGGAAUAGGGGGCGGGGCGCGUGCGCGAAGGCUUUGAAUGUCACAGCCGCUUUCUACGGUUGUCGUUUGAAAAUUCGGUCCAAACAUGGCGGCUGCUGUGAGCGGGACCGAGGAGGAGGUGGCGACAGCUGCAGCCACUGCCAAGGAGAAGCCGAAAGCCGGUGAGGCGGGAGAAGGAACUGCGGCGACGGUGGCCACAACAGCCGCGGCGGGCGGCGGCGAGAGCGAAGAGGAUGAGGACGACGUAUACGAGGUGGAGAAGAUCCUGGACGUGAAAACAGAUGAAGACGGCAAAAUUGUAUACAAAGUACGAUGGAAAGGAUAUUCACCAGAAGAUGAUACUUGGGAACCAGAGGAACAUUUAGAAGACUGUAGAGAAGUGCUUCUGGAGUUCCGAAAGAAAAUAGUGGAUACUAAGCCCAAAACAGUUAAAAAAGAAGUACAGAAGCUUCCAUUAAAUGAUGAUCUUUUUGAAGCGGACUCUGAAGCAGACAGUGACUGGCAAAGUGAUACAAAAGGAGACUUAUCUCCAAAGAAAAAGAAGAAGAAAUCAAAAGACAAAGAGGACAAAAGCCAAGAUGAGAUGCAAAAGAAAAAGUCUAAAUCAGCAAAAGGUAAAGAGAGGCCUGGAUUUGAACGUGAACAUUCUUCUGAUAGUUUGGCCUCAGAUUCAAAACCAAAGAAAAGGACAUCAGAGUCAAAAGAAGACACAAAAGAUUUCAAAAAACAGAGAAAGGAAGAUACAAAAGACACCAGCAAAAAGAGGGGAGAAGUUAAAGAUGCAAAGAAAAAAUUAAAAGAGGAGUCCAAAGAAAUGAAGCAUCUGCAGAAAGCCAAAACCAUUGCUCAUCAGUUAGAUGCUGAAUCCAGUGUUCUGGAUGAUGCUUUUUCUCAAGCUGCUGAUAAUGAAAGUGUGGACUUGGACUCAGACAGCAGUGAAGAGAAACACAAGACAUCUCCUGGAAAAGAGCAAUUGGAAGAAAGAAGCAUACUCUGGGCUUCAGUUCAGCAGCCAGAUAGUUCAUCAAGCACAGAUGAUAGUUCAGAAGUGAAGGUUAAGAAGAAAAAGAAGAAAUACAAAAAGUUUGAAGAACUUGAAGAAAGUAGAAAAGUAGACAGGCAUUUGGAAAAGAAGAGUGCACACAAAAAACAGAAGGCUUCAGAGAAAGCAAAGGCUCCUGCUGAACUUGACAAUAAGAGACCAGCUACUCCAGUGCAGAAAAGUGUGAAACUUUCCGCUGAUGAAAGAGGACGCAAGUCUGUUGAUUCAGCAGGGGAGGUAAGCAAUAAUUCAAAAUUGAAAAGCAGAGAGGUUAAAUCAAGCCAAUUGUAUGCCAAGGAUGUACCUCAGAAGUCAACAGUUGCUGAAGGAAAAGAGAAAAAUAUAAAUUGGAGAGCAGAUGAUGAGAAAAUGAAAGAGAGAUCUUCUCAGCAUUCUGUAGGGGAGAGUAUCUUUGAAAAAUUUGUCCUGGAUUCUGAAUGCAAUAGAGGAGGGAGCACAGUCAGCAAGAAGAGUCUAUCUAAAAGUGAUUUAAAUGCUGAGGACAUCCCAAAGGAAAGAGGCAUGUUAUCUAAGGAAAAGGAAGCCAAAAGAAGUGAAGCAAAAGAGAAACUCCAGAAAAGAUUUGACUCUGAAAAGGAAGAAAAGGGCAGAAAAGAACACAAAGGACUCAAAAGUUUGAAAGAGAUCAAGAGUGCAUUUGAUGUGUUUAGUAUCUCUUCAGAAGAAAAAAAUGAAUACUUAGACAAUCGUAAAAGAGAAGAGUCUGGGCAUGAAUUCAGAUCUACAGAAGAGUUCAAAUCAAAAGACAGACAGUUAUAUAGCAGGAGCUCAAGAGAUGAGACAGAUACUUGGGCUUAUAUUGCUGCAGAAGAUGACCGUGACAUAGUUGAAGAAAGUUCUGAUGCGAAGCAACAAACUGUGAGCUUGGGCAUGGACAUGCAGUUAGAGUGGCUGACGCUGGAGGACUUUCAGAAGCACCUUGAUGGAGAAGAUGAAAAUCACUUGGCAGUUGAAGCAGUAUCUUCUACUCAGCUGCGGGAUGCUGUUAAAAAUGGGCACUAUGAUAUGGUAAAGAUGGCACUUAAUUCAAAUGAAGAAUAUAAUCUCGACCAGGAGGAUUCUAGUGGAAUGACUCUUGUGAUGCUCGCUGCUGCAGGAGGUCAUGACGAUAUCCUUCGACUUCUCAUCAGGAAAGGAGCUAAAGUUAAUUGCAGGCAAAAAAAUGGAACAACUGCAUUGAUACAUGCUGCUGAAAAGAACAAUCUAACUACUGUAGCCAUCCUUUUGGAAGCUGGAGCAUGUGUGAAUCUACAGCAAAAUAGUGGUGAAACAGCCUUAAUGAAGGCUUGUAAGAGAGGAAAUUAUGAUAUUGUUCGUCUUAUGAUUGAAAGUGGAGCAGACUGCAACAUUUCAUCAAAGCACCAGAGCAAUGCACUCCAUUUUGCCAAACAGUGUAAUAAUUUGUUGGUACAUGAACUCCUUAGGAAUCACUUGGCUACGCUCUCACGUGUGGCAGAAGAGACAAUAAGGGAUUACUUUGAAACUCGCCUUAGUUUGAUGCAACCUGUAUUUGAUAUUGCAUGUCACCGACUAUGUGAAGGACCAGAUUAUUCUACAGAGUUCACUUAUAAGCCCCCACAGAAUGUGCCUGAAGGAUCUGGAAUUCUUUUAUUCAUUUUCCAUGCAAACUUCUUUGGGAAAGAAGUUGUUGCUCGGCUCUGUGGACCAUGUAGUGUGCAAGCUGUGGUUCUGAAUGACAAGUUCCAGCUGCCUGUGUUCUUGCCCCGCAGAGCCUGCCAUCCUUCCUGGACAGAGCAGCUUGCCCAGCGGAUCUUCCAGGUGAGUGGCUAGGCUAGUACUAGCUUCUCUGGCAUCAGUGCCAACCCUGAUAAGUCUUAGGACUUAUUUCUUGUUGGCAAAGCCUUAGUCAGCAUACUACACUUUUCCCAUUACAGGGCCUUGUAAGAAACAUUUGACCGUUUCCCACUCAUGUUAACUUGGGUUCUACUGAACAGAACCACUAUGAACAAAAGAUUUCUGCUAGAUCACACUAACUGUCUAGUUCAGCAUUUUAAGUGCAACCUGUGUUUUUAAUUGCAGGUUAUCAGCUUUCUUGUUGUAUUUCUAUAUUGAUUAUGGUCUUAUGGCUUUAUCUUCUAUUUUUAGCUAAUUCAUUUUUAUGUAAGUGGCUUAAAGAUUGGGCAGUUAUUAUACAUACAUGCCUGUUUCCAGUGGUCAGGCAGGUGCUUCAGAAUAAUCCACAUGAAGGUAAUAGCUCUUUCCCAUGAUAGUUUCCUUGCAACUAGCACUUGCCCUUGGACAAGAUGGUUCCAUACAUCCAUGACAGAUGUAUAUGGACUUGUUUAAAGCCUACAUUUAUAAGAACAUGAGUAGAGCCUUACAAGCAAAUGGCAUUGGUAGGACUUGGGCUCACUGUCUUCGACUAUUUCUGAGGCAUAGUCAGCCCUACCACCUGCCUCCUGGAAGCUACAUCUGCUCUCAUGUGUGCCAGAGCUCCCAUGGCCCAGCACUAGAGUAAUUACUAGGUUAACAAGUAGAGUUGAAGCACAGAGGACCCGUACUAAAAAUUGUGAUAUGCCUUCAUCUUGACCAACAUUCUCAGGUGCUGCAUGCAUACCAGAGUCCUGCACUGUCAUUGGGUAAACAAAAGAUUACCAUUUGGUGGCCUUGACUUAGUUUAGACACAUAAACAUAUAUAAACCAAAAAAGAUGCAUAGGUGAGAAAAUACUUAAUUUCCCUUGCUGUCUGGCUGGCCAAGAGCACAAUGUUCUGAAAUGUAAGACACACAACCAAUUCCUUUCUCUUUUUUA